CGGGUCGAAGUCAUGUUCUUGGGAGAGCCGCGGAGGUCCACAGAGGCUCCCAUGAAGGCUCACCCAAAAUCCGUAACCAUUUUGGCUCAAGACGAAGUGUGGGCACUGGUCCUCCGCCAGUCCUCUGGCCAAGAGACUUCUCAAGCUCGGCGAGAUGCGCGAGCUCGUUCACAUCCAGGGCGGCCAGUGCGGUAACCAGAUAGGAGCCAAAUUCUGGGAGGUAAUUUCAGAUGAGCACGGGAUCGACCCCACGGGCACCUACCACGGCGACUCCGACCUCCAGCUUGAGCGGAUCAACGUCUACUACAACGAGGCCACGGGCGGGCGCUACGUGCCCAGGGCGGUUCUCAUGGAUCUCGAGCCUGGCACCAUGGACAGCGUCCGCGCGGGGCCGUUCGGACAGUUGUUCCGGCCGGACAAUUUCGUAUUCGGCCAGACAGGGGCUGGAAAUAAUUGGGCGAAAGGACAUUACACCGAAGGAGCCGAGCUGAUCGAUAGCGUCCUCGACGUCGUCCGCAAGGAGGCUGAGGGCUGCGACUGCCUGCAAGGUUUCCAAAUGUGUCACUCCUUGGGAGGAGGCACAGGCGCUGGGAUGGGAACCCUGCUGAUCUCCAAGGUCCGCGAGGAGUAUCCAGAUCGUAUCAUGGAGACUUUCAGUAUUAUCCCCAGUCCAAAAGUUUCGGAUACCGUCGUGGAGCCGUACAACGCCGUCCUUUCUUUCCACCAGCUCGUGGAGAACGCGGACGAAUGUUUUCUGUUGGAUAACGAGGCGCUUUAUGAUAUUUGUUUCAGGACGUUGAAGCUGACGACUCCGACGUACGGGGACCUGAACCACCUCGUGAGUGCGGCGAUCAGUGGCGUGACCACGUGCCUGCGUUUCCCGGGGCAGCUCAACUGUGAUUUGCGCAAGAUCGCCGUGAAUCUGAUCCCGUUCCCGCGCCUGCACUUCUUCAUGACUGGUUUCGCGCCGCUCACGAGCAGGGGUUCCCAGCAGUACAGAGCCCUGACAGUCCCUGAGCUGACCCAGCAAAUGUUUGAUGCGAAAAAUAUGAUGUGCGCGGCAGACCCACGUCACGGUCGCUACUUGACCGCCGCGGCGCUCUUCCGCGGUCGCAUGUCCACGAAGGAAGUUGACGAGCAGAUGUUGAAUGUGCAAAAUAAGAAUUCGUCGUAUUUCGUCGAGUGGAUCCCGAACAAUAUCAAAGCGUCAGUUUGCGACAUCCCACCGAAGGGAUUGAAGAUGGCGGUGGCCUUUGCCGGCAAUUCUACCGCUAUUCAAGAAAUGUUUAAGCGUGUAGCAGAAUAUUUCACUGCCAUGUUCCGGCGCAAGGCGUUCCUUCAUUGGUACACAGGGGAGGGCAUGGACGAGAUGGAGUUCACCGAGGCCGAAAGUAACAUGAACGACCUGGUUUCCGAGUACCAGCAGUACCAGGACGCCACCGCCGAGGAGGAGGGCGAGUUCGACGAAGAAGAGGAUGGCGAGCAGUGAUGGCGUCAUUGACUUGCUGUGGCCAGCCUCCGAGGUCGGGCAACGGAUGUGUGAGCAAAUCAGUGCUGAUGAGCCGUCGGCCAAGUACACAUUUAUGCAUGUUGAGCGGCCGUUUCCCCGCUCACCGCGAGAAUUCGCCUCGAGAGGACAGGCCAGACUACCGAACGGUCUUUGCGGAAAAAAUGAAGGCUCACCCAACAGCAACCACGGGGCCUCGAACUCGCCCCCCCCGUCAUGCGUAGAUGCUCGCCCGUGCUGGGUGCUGCCC